AUGGCUUCUAAUUCAAACUGUGGUGCUCUUACAACACGCAGCAUGACUAACAUAUGGCUGAUUGGACAGUUACAAAGUGAACUUCCAGUAAAUGUAUUGCCUACAACAGGUGAUGUCCUGAGAAUGUUUUUUUAUUAUCAUCAAGUAGAAAAGAAAACUGUGCCUGAAAGUGCAAAACUGUCGUCAGAUAAGGUCAUGGACAUGUGGAACAAGGCUAGAAUACCAACAACCUACCAUACUCAUGUUGUAGAAAAAGAAGAUAUAGAAUUUCUUCAAGACCAGAGGGGCAGUCGACGAAUGCAAAUGAGUGGCAUUGAUAAAGACCUGACCAAGAAAGAAGAGCGCACAGAACAACGUAAAUGCAAAGAAGAAGAGAGAAAAGAGCGAGAGCAGGAGCGGAUGACAGAAAGUACCUCACUACAUUUAUCUAGUUCUGAUGACAGUGAUAGUGAACAGCAGGACACAGAGGACAACUAUGAAAUUGAAAUUCCAGUGUACUACAAAAAGCAGAUCAGUGAAGUAGAAGACAGUCUGUCAAGCAGUGCCAGCAAAAAAACACGAACUCUGCAGGAUAUGUUGUUGUCGCCAGAUGUUGCUUCAGCACUGGAUAGAAUAAACCAGUCAGAUAGAAAGUUCACAGUAUUAGCAGCAGCCAUUGCACAAGCUAGUGGGCAAGACAUCAGGGAUACAUCUCUGUCACGUUCCACAGUUCAUCGUAAACGACAGCAACAUCGAUCAACCAUUGACAGCAGUAUUCGUCAACAAUUUCAGGAUCGUGACAGAAACCCCCUCUGUCUCUUAGUGCUGGGUUAUCCAAUGCAGACUGAUGGCAAGUACCAUUUCCGUGUUCCUGGAGCAUAUCACAUGGCCAGAUGGAUGGCCAAAGUGAUCUACUGUCUCAAAAUGUAUUUGUUCCGCAAUGAAUUCAAGCUAACAGCAACUGAAACAAAAAGUUUAACUGAAUUCUGCCUAUUUGCAACCCAUAUAUAUGUGCCAGCAUGGAUGUUGUGCCCAAUACCCAGUGAUGCACCAGUCAAUGACCUGCAACUUCUGAGCAGAAUUGAACAAUAUUCUGAAAUCAACAAGAAUGUAGCAAGUGCUGCCACAAAAAAGUUGAAGAAUCAUCCGUGGUAUCUCGGUACAGAAAUGUUUUGGCUGUCAUUGUUCUCAAAUAAGGUUGCAAAUGCUGAGAAGCAGUUGAUUGUGGAAGCAAUGACUGCAGUAGAUUCUGACUGGAGUGUGCGAGGUGUCAAAUAUCCUGCAACUGAACUGGAACAGGUGAAAAGCAAACCACUGCAUGAUCUGGUAUCAGGUACAUCUCGUGCUGCAUUGUUAUUACUUGGAAUGGAUGUUGCUAUCUUGCGUGAAACUGAACCAGACUCAUGGAAUGAUCUUCUUUUAUUUCAAAAAGUAGCAAAUGUUGUGAAGUCACUUAAGGUCGUUAAUGACACUGCAGAACGCACUGUGGCACUCAUGACAAAUUUUAACCAGUCUAUAACCAAAAAUGAAACAGACCUGCAAAAACUGAUACAGGUGGUGGAGGACAAUCGAACACGUAUUCCGGACUCCUCUAAGCGCACAUUAGCCAGUGCUCAAGCAGCUGCUGCUAUGUUUUGA